AUGUUAAAAAAAAAUGACAUUUUCAUUUUUAAAAAAUGGUGUAAUAUUAAUAAAAAGAAGAAAAGAAACAAAAAAAAAAAAAAAAUUAAAAAAUUAUCAAAAUGGAAAUACUUAUGCAGAGAAAAUUUGAGCAAUAGAAUAUGUGAUAUAAAUGAAAUUUCAUUAACACACAAUGUAAAAAAAUUUGUAAAUUAUCAUUUAAAAGAAAACAUUAAAAGAAAUAGUAAUAUGCAUACAUCUAUAGGAAAAAAAAAGAAAAAUUACAGUGAGGCUAGUAAGAAAUUAAAUAAUGAGGAUAUAAGUAUAAAUUUGUUACAUAUUAUAAUAGAAUAUAUAAAGUUAAAAAUAUUGUUAAAGAAAAAAUUCAAUUUAAAUAAUAUAUCAAAUAAAUAUAAUAAUGAAAACAAUUUUUUUAGUGACUCUACAUCAGCAUCAUCGAAAGGUUUUUAUGAAUUUGCAAAUGAAAAUAAUAGUAUUUUUCAAAGGAGAAAAACUGUUAAAAAAGAAAAAGAAAAUUUUGAAUACAUAAAUAAAGUAAAUUCUAAUAUAACUGUUGAAAUUUAUUCCUUAUUUACCUUUUUCUGCACAAAAUUAAAAGUAAAAGAAAAUAUUGUUCCAAAAGGCAAAAAUCUUUUAAAUAAAUUUCCAUUAAAUAAAAACGCUUUAAAUAAAAAGCAACAUGGCCAAAAAAUUUCGAGAGAAAUAAAUAAUAAGCAGAUCCCUAAAAAUAAAGAAGAAAAAAAAAAUGAUACACAAGGUGAACUGAGUAAAGAUCCCUCGAAAAAAAUUGUAGAAAAUAAUAAUGAUCAAUUAGAGAAGGGAGAUAGUGCACCUGUUAUGAAUGGUGAUCAAAACUCUGUUUUGAAUGCUUCUUUUGAAAAAGAAGAGACAACUUUUAAUUUCGAUGAAAAAUAUAUUCUUGGUUCUAAUAAAUUUUUAGGUGAAUUAGAAAAAGAUGAAUAUAAUGAUGAAGGAAAUAAAAAAGAGAAAACUUAUUAUACUGAUAGAUGCAUAUUAGAUAAAAAUCAAAGAAGAAAUUCUAUACUGAAUAAAUUAAAUAUGGAUUUGAAUGAUAAAAAAAAUAUUGGAAAUAUGAAUAAUAAUGAAACAUUAAGCAGUCAUUUAUCUGAUAACAAAAACAAAAUGACUACCUUUAAUAAAUCUAAUGAGAAAAAGCGAAUAGCUAAUUUAAGAGAAAUUAAUAAAGUAGAUGAUGAAAAAGUGCCAAAAGAAGAAGGAAUGGUAGAUAUGAAAACAAAUAAUAAAAUGGAUUUUACAGUGCAAAAUAAUGAAAUAGUUCACUCAAUAAAAGGUGGUAAUAUGAGCUAUCCUGUACAUGAUAUGCAAAUGAAUUAUCCGAUGGAAGAUAUGCAAAUGAAUUAUCCGAUGGAAGAUAUGCAAAUGAAUUAUCCGAUGGAAGAUAUGCAAAUGAAUUAUCCAAUGGAGGAUAUGCAAAUGAAUUAUCCAAUGGGUUGUAUGCAAAUGAAUUACCCGAUGAAUGAUUUGCAAAUGAAGCAUCCAAUGUCAGAUAUUCAGGUGGAUUAUUCGAUUCAAGAUACUCAAAUGAAGUAUCAGUUGAAUAAUUCAAUGGGUAAUUCAGUACAAAAUAAUAACUUACCUUCAGAAUUUCCCAUGAUGAGAAAUGGUGCAUAUCCAAUGAAUAAUAACUCUACAAAUAAUUAUGGAAAUUUUCCAAACAAUAAUUGCAACAAAAUGUUUGUAAAUAGUGAAUGUGUUGAUAAGAGAUUUAAUUUAAAUAACAAAAAUUUAGUGUCAUAUAACAAUGAAAAAGGAAAAUGUGAUGAAGAUUUUACUUUAAAUUAUAUUAUUCAAAAGUAUGAUGACGAUGAUAAAUUUUUUUGCAGUAAUAAUAAUUUAGCAAAUGAUGAUAGAAAUAAUGAAUUAAAAAAAUAUACUGAAGGAAUGAAUAAAGUAGUAGAACAGAUGUAUUUUUAUGACCAUUUUCAUGAUGAAUAUAAGAUAUGUGAUGAAAAAGUUAAUUCUUCUAAUGAUACCUACAAUGUUAUCGAUACCUCCUUAAAUUUAAAUGUAAUAAAUGAAAAUGAAAAUGAAAAUAAAAACGAUAACAAAGAAAGUAAAAAAAUAAUUUCAAAAAUGCAAUUAAAAAUAAAUGAACUAGAAAAAAAUAUAGAAGAAUUAAUGAAUAAAAAUAAACAGAAAACACAUGAAUUAGUAGAAAAAAAAGAAAAUAGUUACACUUCUAAUAAAGAAAAAUCAAAAAAUAAUAAUAUAAUAAAUAAAUUACAAAAAGAAAUAGAACAAAUAAAAAAAGGAAUAUUUAGAAAAAAAAAAAAAAAAAAAAAUAAUAAUAAUAAUAAUAAAUCUUUUAAGGUAGAAAAAGAAAAAGAAGAAAAAAAGGAAGACGAGGAAUUAGUAAAAGAUACUGGUGUAACAGAAAACAAUAAUUUUAAUCUAGAUAAUAUAAUCAAUCAUGAUAAUUUAAAUAAUUUAAAAAAUGAAAUAUUAGAUAAUGUAUACUAUUAUAUAUAUGAAUCAUAUGAUCAAAAAGAUUAUGAAAUUCUUGAAAACCUAGCUAAAAAACACGAAACAAAAGGAAGAAAGAUAUGUUAUAACGUGAACUUACCAAAAUAUAAUUUUAAUCAUAAAAGAACAUCUAGCGCAUGGUUUUUAAAUCCAGUUUAUGAAAAUUAUAUGCUAGAAAAAAGAAAAGAGGAAUUUUCAAAAAUUGAAAAAGCGGAGUUUUUGUUUAAUGAAGAUAAAAUUAAUGAUAAUUCUAAAAAAGAAGAAAAUAAUUGUGAGUUUGCGUCAGAAAUAAGAGAUAGUGAAUUCUCUUAUGAAUCUUUUAUAAGCGAAAAAAAGAAAAAAUUGAAGAGAAGUAAAAUGGAUUUAAUAAAAAUAAAAAAUAGUAUGAUUCAUAAAAAAGGUAAAAGUAUUUCAUUAGAACAGAAUAUGUUGUCAAAAAGGAAAAAUGAUAUAAAUGAAUCUGUAAAUAAAAAACAAGAAGAGCAGCAACAAAAUAAUUCUAAAAAGGAAGAAAUGGAACUAUAUCAUAAUGAUGUAGUAAAUGAUAUAUUCGGAGUCAUAAACAAUUAUGUUCAAGAUAAAUCAGUAUUUGAUAUAUUUAAUUCAAUUAGUUAUGUUGAAGGUGUUGAAAAUAAAAAAGUCGAAGAAAAAGAAGAAAAUAUGAGUAUAACAAAAGAAAUACUAAAAAAAAAAAAAGAAAAAGAAUUGCUAGAUUUGGAAAUAGAAAAUAAGAAGAAAAAAAAAGAAUUAGAAGAAUUAGAAUUACAACUAAUGGAAAAUAAAAAGAAAAAAAUUGCAGCAAAUAAAUUCAUUCAAGAUAUAGAAGAGGAGAUGAAGCUAAAGGAAGUAAAAGCAGGAGAAAUUAUAUGUAAGGAUGUAAUGAAUAAUGAAGAUGCACAUAAAGAGAAUAAUAAAAAUUUAAUUAGAAAAGAUGAAAAUGUACAAGACAUAAUAGAUAAUAGAAUUAUAAAAAAAGAAUAUGCUAAUAACAUGGAAGAAAACAAUAAUGUUAAUAAUGAAGAAGAAAAAAAUACUAAAGAUGUUGAAAAAAAAAAUUAUGUUAAUAAUGAAGAAGAAAAAGAUACUAAAGAUGUUGAAAAAAAAAAUUAUGUUAAAAAUGAAGGAAAAAAAGAUUCUAAAGAUGAUAUGCCGCAGCCUUUGCAGCAAAAAGAAACAGAUGAUUAUUUUAAUGAUUAUUGCAGAAAGAAAAAAAAAGAAAAAAAAAAAAAUAACUGGGCCUUAUAUGGUAGACCAAUAGUAAAAAGAGAAAAAAAAAAUAUGGUUUUGAAAAAAUUGUCAGCUUCAAAGAGCGAUAAUGGUUUUAAUGAUUAUACUUUUAUUGCUGAAAAAUUCUUUGAAGUUAUUACUGGAUACAAAAGUGAACCCGAUAACUUAUCUGAUUAUGAUGAAAAAUCAAAUGUAAGGAAAGAUACUAUAGAUAAAAACAAUGAAAAAGAAAAUUUAUUACAAUUAAAUAAAAAAAAGGUUGCUAAUUUAAAUAGAAAAAUGAAACAAAACAUUUAUGAAAAUGAGAUUUUUUAUAAAUUGGGAAGACCAAAAUAUGGAAAAAAUAAAAGAAAUUACUAUAAAAAAAAAUCGAGUUCUCAUAACACUAUAUUAAAAAAAAAUAGCAUAAAUAAAAAAAGCAAACUUUUAAAAAGAACUUUCUCAAAAAACAAUUUUUCUAAAUUUGACACGGCACAUGCAGGUAUUCUAGAAAAGGCAAAAUUAAAAUUAAAAGAGAAACUAAUAAAUUAUAAGAUAAAUUUAAAUAGUUUUGUUGAUAGAAAGAAAAAAGAGAAUGGUCAUUUAGAAAACGAUUUGAUAUAUAAUAUUAAGAAAGAUAAUAUAAUUAAUAAUGAGAACAAUCAAGAUUUUGACUUGAAAUAUAAAAGGAAAUUAAUUUAUCAGGCUUUAGAUACUAGUGAUUUAACUAUUGAAAAGGAUGUUAAUGAAAUUGAUGAAAUGAAAAAAGAAGACUUAGAUAAAAGCGAAAUUGAAAGUAUUUUAAUAGACAAAACAUAUUUGGAAAAUAACUUAAGGGAAAACAAAAAAGAAAAAAUUGAAGAUUUAAAAAAGGUUGGAGAAUCGAAGAAACAAGAUAAAAUAAAAAUAUUAGAAGAAAUGAAGAAGCAAGAAGAAAUCAAAAGAUUAGAAGAAAUGAAGAAGCAAGAAGAAAUCAAAAGAUUAGAAGAAAUGAAGAAGCAAGAAGAAAUCAAAAGAUUAGAAGAAAUGAAAAAACAAGAAGAAAAAAGAUUAGAAGAGAUAAAGAAGAGAGAAGAAGCAAAAAUAUUAGAAGAAAUGAAGAAACAAGAAGAAAAAAGAUUAGAAGAGAUAAAGAAGAGAGAAGAAGCAAAAAUAUUAGAAGAAAUGAAGAAACAAGAAGAAAAAAGAUUAGAGGAGAUAAAAAAGAGAGAAGAAGCAAAAAUAUUAGAAGAAAUGAAGAAACAAGAAGAAAAAAGAUUAGAAGAGAUAAAAAAGAAAGAAGAAGAAAAAAUAUUAGAAGAAAUGAAGAAGAAACCAGAAAAAGAAUUAGCAGAAAUAAAAGAAAAAGAGGAAAAAAAAAAAGGUAUUUUUAUUGAUUUUUUUAAAAAAUUUUAUCAAAAAAAUCCUUUAUCAUAUUACCUACCCGAUGAUAAAGAUAAAACUGAGUAUUUAGUAAAUGACGAUGAAUAUAAACCAAUUAAAGGAAUGAACACAAUUUUCUUUAAUACAUUAGAAAAAAAUUUAGAAAAAGACAUAAAUAAUGAAAAUGACAAAUUCACUGGUAACGAAAUAGAUUCAAAAGAAGAUAUAGAUACCAAAAAAAAAGAAAUGAAAAAUUUAAAUAAUAUAGAAUUAAGUAAUUACAAUAUUUUUGAUCAAAAAGAAAAACAAAGGAAGAGAAAUUUUAGAGAAAGGAUGUCUAAAAAUAAAAUUGAAUCCAAUAAAACUUUAAAAAGGAAAUAUAGUUCAAAUAAAGUAGGAAACAAAUCAUUAGUAAAGAACUCCUAUAAAAACAAUUCUAUAAUAAUAAAUAAUCUUAUAAAUAAAAAAAAAGAUGAAGAAAAGUUGAAAGAAGAGAAAUUAAAAGAGGAAAAGUUGAAAGAAGAAAAAUUAAAAGAAGAAAAAAUGAGAGAAGAAAAAUUAAAAGAAGAAAAAAUGAGAGAAGAAAAGAAAAAAAAAUUAUUAAAAAUGAGGAAUAAAAAUUUAAAGUAUAAUAGUUUACAUGAAGAACAUUUACGGGAUCUUAUAGAAAAAAAUAUGAGUAAUAAUGAGAAUUUUUUACCAGUAGAUGAAGAAUUAUAUGUUGAGGAAAAAGAUGAUAUUUUUGAAACGGAAACAGAAAGCUCUUUCUUAAAAAUUGAUGAUAAUGAUUAUGUAAAUUUAAAUUCUUUAAAAACUCAUAUCUACAAUGAAUCAAAUAAUGGAAAAAAAAAUGACAAUAAAUUAAGAGAGUAUUUCAAAAAUAAUUAUGAAUCGUCUAACGCUGAAAUUGGAUCUAUGUAUCCUAUGAAAUUUAUGUAUUCAGGUGAGUUAAACGGUACCAAUAGUUAUAAUAUUUUUAAAAAUGAUGAAAUAAUAGAUGAUGAAUUAAAAAAUGAAUUGAAUGAUUUUGAUAUUAAGAAUGAACUAGGAAAUUUAACAAAUGAAAUUUUAAAUGAUAGAAAUAUUAAUUUAAGUUAUAGCGAUAAUUUUUCCAAAAAUUACGAAGAUAUUUAUUUUGAUUUUGAAAAAAAUAAAUUAGAUUCAGAAGGAAGCAAUUCUUAUGAUUUAAAUAGUUACAAUUUAUAUGAAGAUAUAUCGAACAAUUCAAUGGGAACAAAGAAAAACAGUAAUAGCUUUGGUUCAUUAAAAAGUUCUUUUUACAAACAAGGAGAUCCAUUCACUAAUUAUUCUUUUGAAAAAAUUUUGAAAAAUAAGUAUAAUUACAAUGAAAACUCUUCAAAUGUUGAGAAAAAAAAUGAUGAAAUUAUAACAAAUAUCAUGAAUAAUUUAAAUGGUCUAAAUAAAAGAAUUAAAUCUAUAGAAAUGAAUUACAAUUUUGAAAGAGAAGAAAAAGAUAAAUUAGACAUGUAUACACACGACUUGGAAAAAGAUAAAAAAUAUUCAUAUUUUAAUUAUCAAAAUAAAAAUAAAUUUAAUGAAAAUAAAAGAAAUAAAUAUGAAGAUCUUUAUUCAAAUUAUUAUUAUAGAUAA